GAGCACUGUUGUGCAAGACAUUCACAAAGGCUGGGAAAUGUGUGCUGGGAAAAUAAAGAAGCAAGACAAAAACAGCCCAGUAUGAAACAGAAACCGAACAGCAGAGAACUGACAGCAUGCACUAGAGGUCUUCACUGCACCGAGAAAAGAAGAUUUGAAAGUCCAGGAGACAAAAGGAGACGAGGAGAAAAUACAGAUCCUGUGCCAAUGCAGCAGCACAAACGUCAGCCAGAAUUAGUGGAAGGAAACCUUCCCGUGUUUGUCUUCCCAACUGAACUUAUAUUUUAUGCUGACGAUCAGUCAACACACAAGCAGGUUUUAACUUUGUACAAUCCCUAUGAAUUUGCCUUAAAGUUUAAAGUUCUGUGCACGUCCCCCAACAAGUACGCUGUUGUUGACGCUGCCGGUGCAGUGAAACCCCAGUGCUGUGUUGAUAUCGUUAUCCGGCACAAAGAUGUCCGAGCCGGUCACUUUGGUGUCAUUGACAAAUUCCGCCUUCAAGUGUCCGAACAAAGUCAGAGAAAAGCGCUGGGACGCAAAGAGGUAAUAGCGACACUACUUCCAUCUGCUAAGGAGCAACAGCACAAAGACGAGGAAGAGAAAAGGAUCAAGGAACAUCUAGCAGAAAGUGUUUUCUUUGAGCAGGCGCCGUGCCAGCCAGAUCUCAGAAAUACUUCCUCAGGACCCAGUUUGCUGAUGGUCUUCCUUGGCAUGGUUUGCAUUGCUGCACUGAUGAUGCCCGCUUUGGGUGAAAUGGAAUCUGUGGUGCCUCUCUACCUCCACUUAAGUGUGAAUCAGAAAUUAGUGGCUGCCUACGUUUUAGGUCUUAUAACAAUGGUUGUACUGAGAACAUGAAGGCACAUGCAGGCUACAAGAAGGUACCUGCAGUCCUCUGGGACUGUACCUGUGUCUGCUCACCUCCUCACGUGGACCGCAUUCAGCUGCUAUGCUGGCAUUAUUCGCCCCUUUACACAGGCAUAGCAGUGGUCGUAAGGCAAAGUGGCAGAAAUAGAAUAUAUUUUAACUAUUACUGUAAUUGAAUGGCUGGAACAAUAUGACGACUGACUUUGUUACUGACUACGAAGAAUCUUUGUUUGAUGACGUCUGUGAAAGAAAUAUGAAAUAAUGCAUUUUCUAUGUAUGCCUAUAUGAUCCUUUUAUUGUAAAUUGGACGGUCAUUUUCUACAUUUUGUUUGUGUUUCAUUUUUCAAGAAUAAUAAUAAUAAAAAGAACGUAAAUAACAUGUAAAUUACUCAA